UGUGAAUUUUCAGGUAUUGGUUUAGGCUUCUUGAUUGUGAUAAUUGGCAUUACUUGGAUAUACUUUUCCAUUCAGAAGAGGAAACUCAUGAAACAAAGAGAGAAAUUUUUCCACCAAAAUGGUGGUUUGUUAUUGAAGCAACAACUCUCUUCUGAUGAGGGUGGUAUGGAAUCAGCCAAAAUAUUUUCUAUCGAAGAUCUUGAAAAGGCCACCAACAACUAUUCCGAAAAUCGCAUUAUUGGUCGAGGGGGCUAUGGAACAGUUUACAAAGGGAUUUUGAGCGAUAAAAGUAUUGUUGCAAUCAAGAAAUCAAGAAUAAUGGAUGAGAGCGAAGUAGAGCUAUUUGUCAAUGAGGUGGUUAUUCUGACUCAGGUUAACCACAGAAAUGUAGUCAAACUAAUUGGAUGUUGUUUGGAGACUGAAGUACCUUUGUUAGUGUACGAAUAUAUCUCAAACAAUACCCUAUAUUACCAUAUACACAACAGUCGGGGAAUGCCCUGGUUUUCUUGGGAAAACCGGUUGAGGAUUGCCACUGAGGCGGCCGGUGCACUUGCCUAUCUUCAUUCUUCAGCAGGAAUGCCGGUUAUCCACAGAGAUGUGAAGUCACCCAAUAUAUUGUUGGAUGAAUUUUACACUGCCAAAAUUGCAGAUUUUGGAGCUUCGAGACUUGUCCCUAUUGAUCAAACACGAGUGACCACUCUUGUACAGGGCACUUUGGGUUAUCUUGAUCCUGAGUAUUUUCGUACAGGUCAAUUGACUGAGAAGAGCGACGUUUAUAGCUUCGGGGUAGUCUUGGCCGAGCUUCUGACAGGGAGAACACCUUUGUCAGCUGAAAAAAGUGAAGAAGAGACGAACCUAGCUAAUUACUUCGUGUUGUUGGUUAAUGAAAAUCGAUUGUUCCAAAUUAUUGAGCCUAGAAUUUUGAGGGAAGGGAGUUUGGAGCAAAUCAGUGCAGUGGGUGAGACUGUUAAAAGGUGUCUCGAGCUAAAAGGCGAAGAAAGGCCGACUAUGAAAGAAGUGACAAUGGAAUUGGAGAGGUUGAGAAAGUAUAAUCCACAUUCCAACAAACAAGAAAAGAUAAUUACACCUGACGGAAACAUGGACUCAAAAGGUGAGCAACAAGCUGAUCUGUAUCCAGUUCCCAUUACUCCUGAAUUCAGCACAGGGGAGUACUCUGUGCAGUUCAACUUGGACAGCCAGUUGUUCCAUGCAAUCAACGACCCUCGCUAAAUGGAAAGAACAAUGAUGUUUCAGGUUUCAUGAUUUUUCCCUUGAUGCUUUUUAUUGUUC